AUGGCACCGCCCACACGUUUCAACUCCGUAAGGACCGGCGGCAGCAGGCCUGUCGCCCGCAAGCCAACCUUUCGCGACGACUCCAACCUCGUUGGCUUCCGCUACGACAAGGCCGUCGCCGCCGAGCCGCCUGUCCACAUCACGCGCAGCACCACCUCUGCGUCUGCCCGCUCGCGGCCGCCGCCGCUGCAGCGCUCGCCGUCGAGCUCGACCACGACGACGGCGUCCUCGUCGUGCUCGUGUGCGGCGUCGAUAUCUGCCGUCUCGCUCGCCGGCACUGCAGCCACCUCGAUCAACGGCGCAGGAGGACCCGUCGUUGUCGCGCCGCCGCGGCUGAGCAUGCCCGUGAUUGCGCCCCCGACGGAGCAGCACCCGGCCCUGCGAUCGCCUCUGCCGCAGCUCGACGAGGUGUGGAAGCGCGACUCGGGCCACGGCAGCAGCCUCGUGACCAAGACCAUCCCAGAGGAGGAGGUGCGCUUCAACGUGGCCGAGCCCAACGAGGACGACGACUGCUUUAUCGAGAGGCGGCCGACGUCCAAGGACGGCUCGUCGGGAGAAGCGUCGCAUAUUGAGCACAGCCCUGUGUCUGUCACUGGCUCUGCUAUUUCUGGCAAUACCAAACCGCGCCGGCACAGCUUAAACGGCGUGCGGCCCGUCACAGCCAGGGCGUCCGUGGCCGCUAGCACCGCCGCCGCUCCUUCCAGAUACAGCGCCUGGGGCACUAGAGCAUCCACUAACGGCAGCCCUGUGCUCGCUGCAGCCGCUGGGGCCUCCAGAGCCUCGCCCUCGUCUGUUAUUGCUCCCCUCGAUCUGCGCAUCUCCUCGUUCGCGACCUCCUCCUCCUCCUCUUCUUCUUCCUAUAAUCAUCAUCCUGCUGCCGCCAUCACCGCGUCCGACUUUCUGCCCGCCCCCAUAUCGCCGCCCGCUUCGCCCUCGCGCGCCUCGUCCCUCCGCUGGCUCACCACCCGGCGACAGAGCUUACGCCUGUCCUUCUGGGGCGGCUCCCGCGACGACGACGACGGCCCCCCUGCUCACCCGCAGCAGCAGCACCAGCAACAGCGCAAGCCCGCGCCCGCGCCGACAGCCCCCCGACGUUGGCAGAGCGUAUCCCAGCUGCGGGGCGGUUCGACUGCUGGUAAUAACGCGAGACCUGCUACGGCUCAUAUUGCUGGCAAGUUUGCUUCUGGUAUUGCUGGGAACACUCCUGCUAUCGCUGCUGGCCUGGCCCCUGGUACCGCGACCCCAGCCCCAGCCUCCUCCGCUAAGCUUCAGCCACCCGUGUCCCCUGCGCAGAGCUCCUCCCGAUCGACCUUGGCCAUGUCGUCUCCUCCUGAGCCUGCCCGCGACAGCCUUGCCGAGUUUUCGCCCCUGGGCAUCGCCAUUCCCACCGACAGCCUGCUGGAUGAGGAUUUUAUCUCCUCUCUCAACUUUUCCAAGCGCGGCAGCCUCAUGUUCGACCCGGACAGCGUCGCCGCCAUGGACCGCAUGUCCCUCACCGACGACGACCGCAGCGCCACGCCCACCCAGCGCUCGUCCAAUGCUGCCGUGCCCCGGCCUGUCUCCUCGGCCACCAGCUACGCCGCCGCCGAUGACGAUGCCCGCGUGCCUCCCGGCACCGCGUCGCCGACCCCCGACGUUCGCGUCAUGGCACCCGACGUCGAGCAAGAGUCGCAAAAAGUCAGGCAGCUCUAUGCCUCGGGGGAGCCCCCCGCCCCUCUGCUCGACACCGUCAGGCAUUCGUACUGCGACCGGUUGGAGCCUACCCCCGAGGUCCUGACAGAAGACGACGAGUCCGUUGCAAACGGAAAUACUCUCGCGCCAGCCUUUUCCGUGCCAAGAUCCGUAAGCUGUUCGUCGCAGCAUAAUGACCGUCCUGACCGAAAAGAGUCCACCGACCCGGCCGGCGGCUUCGAAGACUGGGACGACCUCGACGGCGCCAUGGUUGACCGCUACGGCUUCAUUGGCACCCCGCGCACCCAGUCGCGUGUCGGCACCCCAACCGAAAUGCGCUCCUUGCAUCACUCGCCGCGUCGCCGCAAUGUCCUCACUAAGCGCGACCCCAUGGGCUUCACUUCGAACCAAAACGGCAUGCGCCUGCCCAGUCGCAAGGUCUCGGCGCGCUCCCUCAACACCCAGCACUCCGAAGUCUCGAUUGUGUCCUUUCGCUCUUCGCGCUCCGUCAUUCGCCAGGCCGGCAACCUGCUCCCACAGAAUAGAAAUCGUCGCUGGAUGGACGAGGCCGGCGACAUGCUGACCGUCUCCCCGAACCUGCAAGACAGCGUUGAAGAGGCCCGUGUCGAAAAGAUAUCCGAAGCUUUAAAGCGCAAAGAAAUUGAUCGCUCCGAAAAGUGGCGGCGCAUGGCCCGAGUCAACCGCAAUAGUUCUCAAGGCCAGGGCAUGGAGUUUGAGUUCGACACCAAGAACCCGAAGCUCAUUGAGCGCACAUGGAAAGGCAUUCCCGAUCGUUGGCGCGCCGCCGCCUGGUGGUCCUUCCUCGCGACCUCUGCCAAGGAGCACCCCGGCUCCGCUACCGAAGACGACAUUACAACUGCCUUUCGCCGCCUUCAAGACUGCGCCUCGGCCGACGACAUCCAGAUCGAUCUCGACGUGCCCCGCACCAUCAGCCGCCACAUUAUGUUCCGACGACGCUACCGCGGGGGCCAGCGUCUGCUAUUUCGCGUGCUCCACGCCCUGUCGCUAUAUUUCCCCGAAACAGGCUAUGUCCAAGGCAUGGCCUCGUUAGCGGCGACGCUGCUAUGCUACUUUGAGGAGGAAAAGUGCUUUGUGAUGUUGGUGCGCAUGUGGCAGCUGCGCGGGCUAGAACGGCUCUAUCAGCCGGGCUUUGAUGGGCUCAUGGCGGCGCUGCGCGAGUUUGAGACGACGUGGCUGCACAAGGAUGUGGCGCGCAAGAUGACGGACCUGUGCAUCGAUAGCACCGCCUACGGCACCCGCUGGUACCUGACGCUCUUCAACCUCUCGAUUCCGUUUGCCGCUCAGCUGCGCGUCUGGGACGUCUUUCUGCUCCUCGGCGACGCUGCCGAGGGCGAGCUCCCCGACGACGCGACGCAGAAGCAGAGCGAUAGCCCGUCGAUGCCGCCGAUCAAGGAAAACUCAGCAGCAGCACCGUUGACGACUGUCCACACGAAAUCAACAACAAAGGCAAAAACGCCGAGCAGUGGGCUGGACGUGCUGCAUGCCACGAGCGCGGCGCUCAUCCAGGCGCUGCGCGAAGUCCUCCUCGACUCGGACUUUGAAAACGCCAUGAAGGCUUUGACGGCGUGGAUCCCGAUCAAGGACGAGGAUCUGCUGAUGAAGGUGACGAGGGCGGAAUGGAAAACGCAGCUUAAGAAACGGUCAUGA